AUGGUUUCACUUCCAUUAGAUGACGGCAUUAUAGCUAAUAGAAAAUUCAAUGUUAAAAAAUUAGCAAUUGGAGGAAUAACAGGAGUCUUCUUUAUAAUAAUUUUAUUUUGCACCAAUUUUAUCAAUUAUCUGAAGAUAGAGUUCACGAGAAUAGACAAAAGUCUUUGCCCAAUUCAAGAACCUAGAUUCCCAGGAGGCUCGUAUAAUAAUUCUACGAUUUUGACAAUUUUGAACAACGCCGACUUCAAGAAUUCAUCGAUUGAAAAGCUAGCUGGAGCCACUAAAAUUGACACGCAGGUAUACGAUUCUCUGAAGAAUGUCACGGACGACCCUAAGUUUUGGUCUAAAUUCAAAACAUUUCACAAGUACUUGGAGAAAACCUUUCCAGCUGUCUACGAAAACACUGAAGUACAAAAAGUCAACACCUAUGGUUUAGUAUUCUACUUGAAAGGCUCAAAUGAGAACUUGAAGCCGUUAAUGUUAACGGCUCAUCAGGAUACUGUUCCGGUACAAUCCGAUACACUUGAUAAGUGGUCAUAUCCUCCAUUUGAGGGACACUACGAUGGUGAGUAUGUUUUUGGUAGAGGUGUUUCUGAUUGCAAGAAUGUUUUGAUUGCGAUAAUGGAAAGUUUAGAAUUGUUAAUUAAGGAAAAUUAUAAACCGCAAAGGGGCAUAGUAGUAGCAUUUGGAUUCGAUGAAGAGAUAUCUGGCUUUUAUGGUGCUCGCUCACUUGGAAUAUAUUUGGAAAACAGAUUUGGAAAGGAUUCGAUGUACGCUAUUUUAGAUGAGGGUCCCGGCUUGACAGUUGACUUCUUAUCGAAAAGGAUUGUAGCUGUUCCAGGAACUAGUGAGAAAGGAUGGGCUGAUGUUAGAAUUCAAUUGACGACACCUGGUGGCCAUUCUUCCAUUCCUCCUGACCAUACUUCCAUUGGCUUCAUGUCAGAGCUUGGUUACAUCCUUGAAAGUAAUCCUUAUGAACCAUUAUUAACAUCUGCUAACCCUACGAUGGAUUAUUUGAAGUGUGCAGCUGUCCAUGGCGGCCCCGAGGUCCCUAAAUAUGUCAAAAAAGCGAUCAUUAGAUCUAGUUACGAUAAGUUUGCUAAUUCGCUAGUUGUCAAAAAAUUACAAGAAAACCCUAUCACCAGAUAUUUGAUUCAGACUGCUCAAUCAAUGAAUGUGAUCCAAGGAGGAGAGAAAUCGAAUGCUUUGCCAGAACACGUAUCUUUACUAGUAAAUCACAGAAUUGCUAUUGAGAAAACUUAUGAGAGCUUAGCGGACUCCAUAUCUACUAAGGUUGUUAAACUUGCUAAAAAAUAUGACUUAGGGGUGGACGCUUUUGGAAAUACAUUACUUGAAGCAGGUAAGCAUGGAAAAUUUGUGGUCGACUUUCCCUCCAUUAUAUUAAAUCCGGCCCCUGUUACACCUGUAAAUGAUACGGUAUGGUCUUAUCUUGCAGGUUCAGUGAGACAUGUAUUUGAGAACUUUGUUUUCCCUGAUGUUGACUAUCCCAUUAUCACUGCACCAGCCCUUAUGCCUGCCAAUACCGAUACUAGGCAUUACUGGGAUCUCACUAGAAACAUUUUUAGGUUUUCUCCAUUCUUCUCAAAUGUUACAAUGACUGAGAAUGGUAUUCAUAGUGUGGAUGAAAGAAUUCAGGCCUCGGCUCAUUUACAGCUUGUCGCUUUUUUCUAUCAGUACGUCCAAACUGUUGAUACCCCAGAUGCUGAUAACUAG